AUGAUUCAGUGAAUCACGACACGUGCUGCUCAAACAGUGAACAUGAACGAGAACAACAAACACUAACAAACUAACUAAUCAUGUUUUCAUCAGUUAUAAAUGCCUAAAUAUUAAGUUUGUUCAUUUGCAGCGUUAGUUUUUAGAGAUUUUUGUCUAACCGGGUCAUUAGGCCAAUAACUAUAGUUAAUAGGCUAUAAUUAAUUAUUCUCUUAUUAAAGAUGGCGUUCAUUAAAGAGGAGACUGAAGACAUGAAGAUGGUGAUUAUUAAAGAUGAGACUGAAGACAUGAAGAUUGAUUUUAUUAAAGAUGAGACUGAAGACAUGAAGACUGAAGAAACAGUCAGUGUGAAACAUGAAGACACUGAGGAACAAACAGACCUAAUGGCACUGAAAGAGGUGAGUCAUGAAGAAAAAGGAGCUCAAAAGACAGAAACUAAAAGUUAUUUCACCAGCCAACAGUGUGGAAAGAAUUUUAAUCAACAUAGAAACCUUCAAGUCCACUUGAGAGUUCACACUAGAGAGAGUCCCUUUACACUUGUCACUUGCCAACAGUGUGGAAAGAGUUUCACACAAAAAGGAAGCCUUAAAGUCCACAUGAGAAUUCACACUGGAGAAAAGCCUUACACCUGCCAACAAUGUGGACAGAGUUUUAGUCAUAAAGGUAACCUUAUAGCCCACAUCAGAAUUCACGUUGGAGGGAACCUAUUCACUUGCAAACAGUGUGGAAAGAGUUUCAGAAGAAAAGGAAGCCUUAAAGCCCACAUUAGAAUUCACACUGGAGAAAAGCCUUACACCUGCAAACAGUGUGGAAAGAGUUUCAGAAGAAAAGGAAACCUUACAGCCCACAUGAGAAUUCACACUGGAGAAAAGCCUCAUACCUGUCAAGAGUGUGGAAAGAGUUUCAGUCGAAAAGAAAACCUUACAGUCCACAUGAGAAUUCACAGUGGAGAGAACCCAUUCACCUGCCAACAGUGUGGAAAAAGUUUCAGUAAAAAAGGAAAACUUAAAAUCCACAUGAGAAUUCACACUGGAGAAAAGCCUUACACCUGCCAACAGUGUGGAAAGAGUUUUAAUGAGACAGGAAACCUUCAAGCCCACAUGAGAAUUCAUACUGGAGAAAAGCCUCAUAGCUGUCAAGAGUGUGGAAAGAGUUUCAUUCGAAAAGAAGGCCUUGUAGCCCACAUGAGCACUCACACUGGAGAAAAGCCUUACACCUGCACUCUGUGCGGGAAUGGUUUCACACGGGAACAAAGGCUCAGGCAACACAUGAGAACUCACACUGGAGAGAAGCCUUUUACAUGUGAUCAGUGUGGAAAGAGUUUCACACAUAAAUUGACCCUUUAUCAUCACAUGAAUAUUCACACUGGAGAGAAGCCAUACACAUGUGGUCAGUGUGGAAAGAGUUUCACACAUAAACUGACCCUUUAUCACCACAUGAAUAUUCACACCGGAGAGAAGCCAUUCAUAUGUGAUAAGUGUGGUAAGAGUUUCAGAUUUAUAGGUUACCUUAAGGGUCACAUGAAAAUUCACUCAAAAGAAAGCUGUUUUAGAAGUUGUCAUUGUGGAAAGAGCAGAGGUGUAAAGAGUACCUGAAAACCAUACUUGAAUAAAAGUACAGAUACCUUACAACAAAAAUUACUCCAUUACAAGUUACAAGUCACCAAUUCUAAUACAACUUGAGUAAAAGUCUUGAAGUAUUUGAGAUUUUAACUUUUUGACUUGGUUAAAUAUUCGCAUUCUUCAUGGUAUUGUUUGCAGGGAAGAGAAGAUAUUUUAUCCCAUUGAAUGAUAAUUUGGUGUUUUCACUUUAGUUUUGUAGAAUUCAGUUUA